AUGCCUAAUCAGUUCAAGCAGUACCAGAAUGCUAGAAUUAUUUUGGAUUGUACUGAGAUACCUGUAUCUCAGCCAAAAUGCCUAACCUGCGCGCUGAAUGUGUACUCCUAUUAUAAAAAAGGCUUCACAUGCAAGUAUAUGAUAGGAGUCACACCUGGUGGAAUCAUAGCACUAGUCUCUAAAGGAUACGGUGGAAAAGCAUCUGACAAAAAGAUUUUUGAAUAUAGUGGCCCCGUCCAGCAACUGUCGCCAUUUGAAGACGCAGUCAUGGUUGACAGGGGUUUUCUCAUAGAUUCUGUCUGCGAGGCCCACUUAAUACCUGUUGUAAGGCCGCCAUUCAAGAAGCAGCAACGUCAGUUACCAAAACAUGAAGCCCUCAAGACACAAAGUAUUGCAGCCGCGAGGGUUCAUGCUGAGCGCAUCAUUCAGAGAAUGAAGAUUUUUAAGAUAUUAUCUACCAAGUUAUUGUGGAGCAUGGUCCCCAUUUUGGAUGAUGUUUUGAUAGUUGCUGCUGGUCUUACGAAUUUGUCUGCACCAAUCUUUGCAACGCAUAGAUUUCUUUGA